AUGCGAUUGACGAAAUUAGUGGAGAUGAAUUCGAGUAUGGGCCCAUAUGUUUCGAAAGUCUCAAGCUAUGAUACGCAAAUGAUUACAUACAAUUUGUGUGAUGCGGCUAAAUUGCUUGAACAGAUAACAGCUGUGAUCAAUGAAAAAGCUCGCAAUGGAGUUCAUAAACUUCAUUGUCGAACUACAGCUGUAGAGAUAGGCGUCGUAGACGAACCACCGGCUUAUUCGAUCGAUACUCCAGCAUCGGCUAAAAAGUCUUCAGAAAAAAAUAAAGAUGGCUAUAAAGUCUAA